GAAGUUCUACAUCUUGUGACAGUUUUGCAACUCCAAACAUUUUCUAAGUUCCUUUUCCUUUAAGAAGAUUCAUUUCCAGACAGAUACAAGAAAUGGCAUCUUUCAACAAUUUCAAGAACGUGCUGGUGCUGGUGUUUGACUGGAUCCUGUAUGGUGCUGGUACCUGCCGAGUCACUGUAACACAACCCCGCUUCCAGGAAGCUGACUCCUCCGUGAACAAYGUGUCCCUGCCAUGCACAUUCUCUGCUUCUGAAUGCUCCUCAUCCCCACCAGAAGUUCUGUGGUUUCGCUUUCUAACGAAUACACAUCAGGAUUUGUGUACUCCGGCAUGCACAGAUCAUCAGAAGUACAAAGUAUAUUCAUCAGAAAAGAACAUUUUACUUGAGAUCAAAGAUCUGACUGUUGAGGACAACGGUGUUUAUAUCUGUGGAAUAGCAUUUUCAGACUCAGCUUCACCCCUUUCUAAACAAACAGGAGAUGGAACAGUACUAAUGGUAACAGGAUCAGGGAAGCAGCACAGCAAUGGAAAACUCAUCUCCAUGAUCGUUGUCUCRUCCUUACUGUUCCUGUACAGCUCUGCUGUGUUCACAUCCUUUGCWGUCUACAAGUUAAAACCAAAGCUGCGAAAGAAAUGUGGGAGAGACCAAAAAAGAGAGAACUGUAAAAUAAACAGUGGCCGAAAAAUUUUUCAAGCAAUUGCUCAAGAACUUCAGAAGCAGAGAUAUGCUCAAAACUGCCAACAACCUGAUGAUUUGGAAGAUGACACUGUUUAUCAGAACAGAUGAGCAYGUGCAGCACUUCACAUUUGUUCAUUAGUUCUUGUGCAAGCAAAGGAACAGGUGAGAAGUUUAGCUUCCUCACAGAUUCCUUUGCUUUAAAGGGAGAGGACAAAACCUUGCAGGGCAGUGUUCUUCAAGAGUAUUUUCUAAAGAGAUCACCUGAAACAAGUGAUUUGUACCUUAUGUCUGUGUUACAUAUUCCGUUUUCCAUUCUGCAAGAAUAAGAACCCUGGGAAAAGACUUCACCUUCAUAAGACAACUGCUGAUGCUUCAUAAAAGUUUCCUUUUUCAGUUUAGAUUUAAACUCUAUGUCUUCUAUUUUCUUUUUACGUAAACUUACAUGUAUUAGUUUUACAUGAAUUAAGCAUUUGCAAAAGAUGUUUGAUAAUUGACAGCAACAGAAAAUAAACUCAUUUCAUGGGUGAAAUUCUGGGUUUGGUCAUGGUAAUGGGAUAGUUAUCAAUGUAACAUUUACAGACCAACAGUUAAUGAGCCUUAACAGCAGCUUCAACAGAGCAAAAGCUGUGGAUUAGAGAGGCAAGCAGAAAAAACUGACAAUAUAAACACAGACAUCUUACACACUACUGGGUUUCCAGCUCAAUCAUUAGUAUUUCAGGAGAAUGGAGAACACAUCUUUGCCUUCUCAUCCCUGUCAAUCAAUCACAAGGAUAUUAAUAGGUUCAACAAGAAAAUUUCACACUCCCAGGCUCCCCAUGUUCACUACUUCUGAACUAUGGCAUGCCAUUUUUAUUUUACAGAAACACCAGUCCAGUCCUGUAUUAUCCCAUAAUGACUUUUUCUGUCUGUGUUAGGAAAUACAAAGGAUCCUUAGAUGUCUCUAUGAGAUMCCUAUUAAAAACCUAAAUUUGUGGUAAUACUUGUUCUCCAUGACUGGUCUAAUACCUUAUGAUUCACUGGGCUCCCUUGCCAAAUUUAGACCCUUGCAAUAAAUGCAUUCCUAAUUGUUCUGCAUGGUGAAAUWAAACUGAAAAACCCCAGAGAGAAUUGAUGGUGAAGCUCCUCUGGACUCUAGGUGUCACUGUCAUUCCACAAACAGUGAGCACAGCUCUCUAUUCCAAUUCCUCCUCCACCUUGCUUUGUUCUCUUAGAGCAGGUUUUAUAUUAUUCACAGAGACAGCUUCCACCAUUACCAUCCCAUUAUACUGCAUGUAAGAACCCAAAUAGCUCAUUUUGAAUAAAAUAAUUUCUCCACUUCUAUUUAUGGMUCUAUCACCUUACCUGCCCCAACUCUUUUCCAUUUGUUGUCCCUUUACAAAAUUCAAAAGUUUCACUACAUGGGUCCAAGCUGGUUUUAAUGAGCUGCUACAAGAAAUUACUUGAGCCACAAAACAUUCUCCUCUUUGAAUGUUCCAAGUAUAGUUUUGUUAUAUACAAAACAUAUGUACAUAGCUAUUUUUAAAAUGCAUUAUUAUGUAGAACAGCUGAAUGAAAAUA